GUCGCCGGGGAACUUUUUUAGCGACGCAACCACAUCACUUCCGGUCCACAUGUAAACGCUUCAGCGUGAGUUUUAUGAAGAUAGACUAGAACUGUCUGUAGGAUCUUAAAAAAACGGGUUUUGCAGUUGACUGUGUCUUUGAACAUCUGUAACCAUGAAGCUGCUCACGCAUAAUAUGUUGACAUCUCACGUGAAGGGAGUAACUAAAGGAUACCCGCUCCUCAUCAAGGCCACUGAGGUGAAGAUGAAUGAGGUGGAGUUCAACUCUCAGUUUGUCAGCCGGAUGAUCCCCAAAUUGGAGUGGAGCGCUCUCGUCCAGGCUGCUGAGGAGCUGGGUCACCGACAGGACCUUCCAGGUGAGCUGAUAACAGACUACGACAAAGACGAAGACUUCCUGAAGAAGGUGCACAGAGUGCUGUUAGAGGUGGAGGUGAUAGAAGGCUGUCUGCGGUGUCCUGAAUCAGGACGAGAGUUCCCGAUCACCAGGGGAAUCCCCAACAUGCUGCUGAAUGAGGACGAGGUGUAGACAGACCUCCGGCACACACACUCUUCCCUCAAAGAUGGAGCUGCUUGUACUGAGAGAGAGGCUGGACACCGUUUGGUUGAUUGAUUAUAGUUCUGACGUUAAUGUGGCGGAAAAAGCUUUAAAGAAUAACAGAUGGAAAAGUUCCCUUAGACGAACCCCCGGUGGUUUUAUCUGUAUUUAUUUUUGUAACUGUUUGUGUUCUGUUUUUUUUUUUUUUUUCAAUAAAACUGUCCUGAUUUCCAUGA